AUGGAAAUUCUCCUGGCCAUUUUUCUCACUGUUUUGGCUGGCAUUGUGGCGAUUGCUUUCUAUUAUGAACACCCCAAAGCAGAAAUUCCUCAUGGAAUCAGUGAGCGCCAGAAGCUUUAUGUUCUUCAUUACUUCAUGAACUUUGGGCUUGGUCUGGCAACAUUUUUGGACAAAGUAGGUAUCAUCUCAGAGGUCCAUCUCCUCAGGGUUAUAAUGGAUACAAUACCACCAUUAAAGGAUGAACGUCUUCUUAUCAAGGACUUAAGGUUUGAAAGGGUUAAAGUGAGAAUUUACCAGCCAAAUACAUCAAACAACAGCGAAAGAAGGGGAAUCCUUUAUUUUCAUGGAGGAGUUGGCCGGUUUGGAAGUAUCCGGGCCUACGAAAGGACGUGCCGCUAUUUCUGCAGGAAGACCAACUCAGUGGUGGUGUGUGUUGGGUAUCGUUUAGCUCCUGAGCACCCAUUUCCAGCCCAGUUUGAGGACUGUCUCACUGCUGCCAUCCACUUUCUGAGGACUGCACAAGACCAUGGAGUCAACCCUUCCCGUGUUGUCAUCUGUGGAGACAGCAGUGGAGGGACACUCGCUGCUGCUGUUGCUCAAGCACUGGUGAACAGAAGAGAUCUCCCAAAGCUGAGAGCACAAAUCCUAAUAUAUCCUUUUCUGCAGUGUGUGGACUUAAAUUUGCCUUCUUAUCAGCAGAAUGAGAGAGUUCCCAUUUUGCUAAAGGAACGAACCCUUGUUCUUGGUUUGAAGUAUGUUAAUCUGGACUUGGGCCUCAUCAAGGACGUAUUUAAAGGCUGCCAUGUCUCAGAAGAUCGGAGACUGAAAUAUCAGAAAUGGGUGAGUCCUGACCACAUACCUCAUGAGUUUAAAACAAGAGGUUACAAACCAAGUGCAACAUCUCUACCCUCAGAAGAAAUCUGUGAAGUGGCUGAGUCCAUGUUUGACCCUGUUUUUUCACCACUGUUGGCUGAAGACAGUGUUAUUGCUCAGCUUCCUGAGACUUUCCUUUUGACCUGUGAAUUUGAUGUGCUUAGAGAUGAUGGACUGCUGUACAAGAAACGAUUAGAGGACCAUGGUAUAAAAGUGACCUGGUGCCAUCUGGAAGAGGGAUUCCAUGGAACACUGUUCUUAGCGCUUUUUGGUAGGGUGGUAGCAUUCCGCUCUGGAACUAAAGGCCUGGAAAAGAUAGUAAAUUUUCUAAGACUGAUGUAA